AUUGAUGGAUGCUCUUCCAAUCCCACUUCCACGUUGAGUAAACUCCAAACUAUACCUCAUUCUAACUAACGAGAACAUGACUCACUGGGAGAAAAGCUCUACUUUCUAACUUGGGUUAUGGUCAGACAGCAAAUCUGGGGAAAAGCAUUGUGCUAUAAGGAAUAACCCACUUUUGCACGCAUCUUUACCAUUCCUGGGAAUACACAGCACAAGUUUUUGAGUGUUUUUAAUUUAUUUGAAGCAGUCUCUCAGCCAUUUAUCUAUACAGGAGAGAGCCAAAGUCAGCUUGAGCUUGUAGUCUGUAUGUAGAUUACAGAAUGCUUGUUGGAGAUGGCGUACGAAUAACAGCCCGUAAGUAGGUGGCUGAUUGAGACUGCUUAGCACUUAGUCAGAUAAACAGCGGGCUGACAGGAAAAACAUUAGGGUGACCGUAUAGGUAAUUCUUGUGUGGAUAUAGGUAUUGAAAGUAUUGGGUUUAUAGCAGGUAUCAGAUCGGGAAAGCAAAUAAGUCGAGUACUAUGCUGCUGCCUGCUGUCUCGCAAUAUGGAAUCUCAGAAUGAGAGAAAGGAAAAUUAAUGGUGGGUUGGUUGAACAUGAAAUGUGUGUCAUAACAAUACUGUAAGGCAUGUCAUAACAAUCUUUUAAGGCAUGUGUAAUUGGGGAAUGCAGAGAGGAAGAAGGGUAGUAAUUGAUUGAUUGUGAGUGUAACUGCAGGGUUUCUCUGAUCUUGACCUUUGUCAGAGGCCAGUGGGCAGUGACUACCCAGUGCCCAGUGCCCAGUGUCAGUGGCAUCUAUAGAUUACCCAAAGACAGGGUGGUGGUUCUUUGGAUGAGGAUCAAUUAAGCGCCCAUAUGGGUGGUGUUGCCAUCAGUUGCCAUUAACAAUUAGAUUAGUGAAUGAAUACGGCUCUUGUCAGUAUUGAAGGUAGUACAGCGGCGUUCAGAAGAUGAGAGGCUCAAACUUCAAGUUGAUUUCCCCUGUACACGGGCUAAAUGUGGAUGAGGAAUAGGAGGAUAGUAGUACCCAACAAAACAGUUCCAGCUAUAUCAAGGCUGCUCAAAUCCCAAAGAAGAGCGAAAUGUUUGAUGUUUUAAAAAUUGGUACCCAACAAAAACAGUUCCAGACAUAGUACAGUAGGAGAUUCCGCAUCAAAAGGAUUCCGAAGAUAGUUUAGGGCUGUUUCAUCUUGUGGGUAUCAUUAAAAUCUUUCAUCAUUCAAUCUGUUCCUUUUCCACUGCUUCUAGACUGCUGGUCUUGUGGGCAUCAAUAAAAUCUUUUUUCAUUCAAAACACAACUUUUUGAUCCAAUCAGAUCUGGCAGCUGGGUAUUUGGAGGGAAAGGAAGGCCAAUGACAGUCACAAGAUGAAUGAUGAUAAUAAAAAUAGUGGUGGUGAUGGGUUUAAGACGCGGAAGCGCAAGAUGGCUGAAGUGGAGGAAGAUGAGGAGGUAGUUGGGGGGCUGAGGUGGAGGUCUGGUGGAGGGACAAGUCAUGAAUGGAGAUGGGGGAUGGGGAUGAGUCCUGAUUCCAGAAUCGUACGAGUCUCUCGUUCAUCGGGUGGGAAGGAUCGUCACAGUAAAGUGCUGACUGCAAAGGGCCUGCGAGAUAGAAGAGUAAGGCUUUCAGUCUCCACAGCAAUUCAAUUCUACGAUCUGCAGGACAGGCUUGCGCUUGAUCAACCAAGUAAAGCUGUCGAGUGGUUACUAAAGGCUGCUGCCCCAGCCAUCAAUGAUCUUCCCCAGCUGGUGGGCACUUUCCCCAAUGACCUAAAUACUGAGCAGGGCGGCGGUCUGGGUAUUGCCUUCACAGAAACCCCAUCUACCCUAGGAAUGUCUACAUCACAGUCAAGCCGAGAAGGGCAGCAAGGACAUUGUGAGAUGCUGAAGAUGAUGAUGAUGAGGCAGCAGGCAGCAGACUCUGCCUCAGCCUCUGCCCUUGGGAAGAGCAGUACCAGUACUAAUAGCAAUUCUGGAGGAGAAGAAGGAGAAGGACCUGGGGUUACAUCCUUAUCUCGCUCAGAAUGGCGUGUGAAGGCUAGGGCACGGGCCAGAGAAAGAGCAAAGACCAAUUUUCAACCUUGUGCCAAUCCUGCAGCUAUUUACAGCCCUGGAGACAAUGAUGGGGCGGGUGCGCGUGAUACAUUUACUGGUCUGUUGAACAGCGUGGGUGACAUUGCAUUGGAAGCCCGUGAGAGCAAUCAUAACAGUAAACGCCCUUGUGCAGGGUUAUCAGUACAGCCUUAUCAUCCUCAUGGUCCUGAUCAUCAUCUAUUCCAUGACCCAACAGGGCAUACUUCUCACCAGCCUUAUCCUCCAGCUUUUGUCAAUGCUGCCAUUUUCACAUGCCAGGACCACAAGCAUCACACCGAUCAUCUUUCAGUUUCCUCCCACUUUACUUCCAACCCAACUGUGCUGCAGCAGCAGAAUAAGGCUUCCUUUAAUGUGGAGGAGCAGCACUUGGUACCUAUCAACUUUUCAUGGCCAGUUCUUUCUGGCAGGGAAACCCUUCAGUCCAAUCCUUAUAACAACAUCAUGGCCUUUUACACACAGACCAACCAUUCAGUGGACCAACCAUCCAUGGUUACCGCUGCAAGGAGUACUUACAGGCAAGGAAUUUUAGAUGGCCGUCUGUUGCCAUGGCCUAAUCCAGAUUUCGAAGCUGUGCAAGGAUCUCUCAAGGACGAGAAGAAGAUCCAUCAAAACCACCACAGCUAAUUGCCUACGAUAUUAAAGAACAAGAGAAGAUGGAUACAUCAAGAUGGUCAUUCAAAUGAAGAUGUGAUCAUUUCAAUCGAAUCGAAGGAUUAUUUCAUUAACUUAAUAUAUGCUGAUGGUAUACAAAAUAUUUUUAAAUAUGUAUGAAGUGUACAAGGCCUAUAAGAGCUCAAACAUAGUUGCCAUGAAAUUAGUCAUAGAAAGUCAUAUUUUUGUGAGUUGUUUUUAGACAUGAUAUAAUUUUGAGAGGUGUUUUAUUUUUACAGUUCAAUUAUUUUUAUAUAUUAUAACUUAUUUUUUGUUCAA